AUGGCGGACGCUCAUCGCCGCGCUGCGCCGCCGGCUCAUCACGCCUCGCCGCCGCCGCCGCGCACCCGUGGGCCGCUCGAGGCGCUGGCCGCACGGCUGGCGGACACCCAGCUCGGCGGCGCCGGCAGCGCGCCCUCGCACACGCCGCCGCCGCCGCUGCGGCGCGAGAAGCCGCUGCCCGAUGUGCCGCCGCAGCAGGGCUGUGCGCCAUAUCCGCAGGCGUACGGACCACUGCAGCAGCCGCAAUGGCGUCCGCAGGCCAGCCCUGCGGCGCAGCACGCUCCGCAGCACCGGCGAGCCGAGGACGCGACACGCUGGGACCCUCACGCUGCGCCGGCGCCGCAGCCAUACGCACAGCACGGGCAGCAAGCACAAGCUGGUCCCUCGCGGCUGGCUCCCCUCGCCGCUGCACACCGAGGGCCUCUGCCGCGUGCGCCGGCGGGCAGCGUAUGGGCACACGCUUCGCAGCUCGUCGCUGCACGGCCGCAGUUCAAUGAGCACGGUCCGCAGCGGCCACAGCCAUCAGCGCCCACUUCAAGCGCCUCGCAGCUGCCUUUCUCGACCUCGAGCGCCUCGCUGCCCGCCUCUCUGCGCGCAGCACAGACGCCGCCGGUGCCUCUGCCUCGGCCGCCCAGCAUCUCGAGCGCCGACGUGGCGUACGGCUCUCUGCGCCACCCGAAUCCCUGGGAGAGCUCGCUGCUGGCUCUCCAUCCAAGCACCGGCCGCCCCGUCUCGCUGCCCAGCACGCCCGUGCGAGCACCAGCACCGCCAACUCGACCGCGCAGCGUCUCGCCCUCGCCGCCGCCCACACGCGCCGCUCGCUCGCCGCCUGGACGCGGCAGUGCCAGUCCGGCGCCAGCGGGCGGCGCCACACAGCGCUGCGCUGGCAUUCGCAAGGACGGCGUACGCUGUGCACGACGAGUGCGCGUCGAGAGAGCGGCAACACGCACGCCCAGUCCGCGCAAACGCACGCCAAGUCCGACCAAGGCCACGCGCAGAGAGGUCAUUGUGAUCUCGGACGAUGAUGAGGCGGCUGCGUCUGGCGACGAGGAGGACGUGUUCUGCAGCCAGCAUGUCAAGGAGAUCAACAAGACCGGCGGGAUGCACCUGCCCUCGUCUCGCGGCUUUCUCGCCUUCGAUGCGCUCCUCGUCGGUCUGUCACAAGCGACUGCCGCGCGCAUCCGUGCGCUGCUCGGCAGGCCCUUGACGGCGGCAGACGCCGGCGAGCGCGGCUAUCUCUACAUCUACUCGCUGCGCGCGCUCGACGACGCCACGCACGAGUGCCUCAAGGUGGGGCGCGCCAAGAGUGCGCUGAAGCGCGUGGGCGAGUGGCGGGCGCAGUGCGCCAGCAAGCAGCCUGUGCUGCGCGCAAUCGUGCCGUCGGGCGCAUCGCAGUCGCUCAUUCCCGGCGCCGCAGCACCCACGGCGCGCGGCAUCGUCGGCUCGCACCUGUGGGAGCGCCUGGUGCACCUGGAGCUGCGCGACAUCAACGCCGCCUGGGCAGUGCAGCCGCCCUGCAGCGACUGCGGCGCCCGGCAUCGCGAACUCUUCCGCCUGCCGCGCGGCGCCGGCGGGCGCGAGGGAGGCUUUGAGCAUGCGCUGGCCGUGGUGCGCAAGUGGGAGGCCGUCGUGCGACGCCUGGCGCCGGACUAG